AAACGCAACAGAAGACGAAGAAGAAGCAAACCUGACGGUGGGCUUGCACGUUGAUGUUGGGACUUAUUAGCUGCUAGCUGCUGUUCUUUUGUUUGUUUGUUUGCUUUUUUGGGGCGCUUUUUGUUUUUAUCCGGUAAUUCCCCAGCGUUCAGAAAAUGUCUGUGACUGAAAUGUUCAGCUACAUCCAGGGAUUCCUGAGCGCCGACCAGGACGUCAGAGAGGAUAUUCGCAAGGUGGUCCAGAAUUUGGAGCAGACCGCCAGGGAAAUCCUUACGGUGCUUCAAAGUGUUCACCAGCCAUCUGGGUUCAAAGAGAUUCCCAGUAAAUGUGCCAGGGCGCGGGAGUUGUUCUGCACUGUAAGGACGCACCUGGCUGAGCUCAAAACCAAAUUUCCCGCUGAGCAGUAUUACAGGUUCCAUGAACACUGGCGGUUUGUCCUGCAGCGUUUGGUCUUCUUGGCGGCCUUUGUCGUCUACCUGGAAAGUGAAGCCCUCGUCACGCGGGAGGAGGCGGCUCAGAUACUUGGAAUUGAAGUUGUGCGAGAGAAGGGCUUUCACCUGGACGUUGAAGAUUUCCUGGCUGGAGUGCUGAUAAUGGCCAGUGAACUGUCGCGGUUAGCGGUGAACAGCGUCACAGCGGGAGACUACAGCCGGCCGCUCCGCAUCUCGAACUUCAUCAACGAGCUGGACUCGGGCUUCCGCCUGCUCAACCUGAAGAACGACCCGCUGAGGAAGCGCUACGACGGUCUGAAGUAUGACGUGAAGAAGAUCGAAGAGGUGGUCUACGACCUGUCCAUCCGCGGUCUGGCGAAGGAGCCCGAGUCCGGCGGAGACAAGUAGAGCGAGGAGCGUCGUUGGUUUGCUGUUGGGGCGGGGUUGUGUUGGCAGCUGCUUCCUGCUGCAGGACCUUCUGCAUGAUUGCCGCAGGUUGGAGACCUGGAAAGUCGGAGAUUCAGGGAUCUGCCUGAGGUCCCCAGCAGCCAAGGACAGACAGUGUGUCUGUGUAUGCGUGCGAGUGUUUCAGCAUGUAUUUGUGCAAAUGCAUGCGGGAGCGGUGGUUCACAUGGAUGUCAGUCUGUCAGAAAGGCAGCAGAGGCGUUAAGAGGAUCUCAGCGUUCUCAUUCAGAAGUUUAAGAUUAAAGGUUCAGUUUGUUGCAAGUUUUGGAAAUGUGUUCCUGUGUUGCGUCAUUGUAUUUCACCAUUUGUUCAGAUUUGCAACAGGGCCCUGUUUGGGAAGACUGUCGGAGAUAUCGUUUGAGUGUUUCAAUCAUUUUGUUCUGUGUUGUGUUCUAUUUCUCUUGUCAAAAUGAUAAAUUUGUAAAAAAAAAAAAAAAAAAGCUGUUUACUAGGUGAUUUAAUCAGUUGGAGUCUUCAUAAGGUUCAAAAGUUACCACGUCUGGUUCACAAAGCAAGUUUUUCAUCCAAUAAAUACAAGCUUAAAUCGUUGGGUCCACUAACACGGUCAACUUUGUCAGAUUUUUUUUUUAGUUCAAAUUCUGAUGGUUGGUUUGUACUUUUUGUGAGACUCAAGGAGUGAAAAGCCAAAGAAAUGACAGCGUUGCACUUCACCGUAAAAUAAGAGCAAACUGAUUCGUUAAAUGACCUGUAGUUACAAACCUUUUUGAAACUGUGCCAGUUGUCUGUUUAGCUAUUUCUGUUGUUUAGUGUUAGGAAGUAGUGAAAAGAAAUGGUGUCUUACAUGGCUUAUGUUUUUCUUUUUUUUUUAAAUAAAGGUGAAUUUUUUUUUUUAUUGUC